AGUGUGAAUUGGAACCUUAUAGAAAAAAGAUUGAAUACCUUUUAUCACUCGAAUUAAUUGUUAAAAUGGAGAAAGAUCAAAGGCGCGAGAAUGCACAGAAAUUGCUUAACAAAUAUAAGCAAGCAAUCUCUGAGCCAAGCCACAAAGAAAGUGUUGAGACACAGAUGACCUCCGAGCUUGCCUAA